AUGUGGACUUGCACGAACAUUCCCCUUGGUCCUAGAGGACGGCAAAAUGCGAAAUCGCGAAACUCGCAAGCCAAACUGGGGGACAUUGAAAAGCUAGCUAAACCCUCCCGUUACGUACGCAGCGUGAGGUGGGACGACGAUCGAAGACAGUACAACGCGGUGAUUGACCAGAAAACUUUGGGUGUCGCGCGGAGAGAAACACUCCCAGCCAGUGAUACACUGAUGGGAACACUCCGCGCCAAAGCGUCCUUUCGACGUUGUACUGAAGUUGCCAAAGCAAAGGACAGAAUGGCUGCGUGUAUGGACCGACAAAGCACCAUUCACUGCUGCCCUUUCAAGAACAUCAUCUCAUCUGUGAAUGCCUGGUAUAAUCCGCUUGUUAAUUGUCCCGGAGGACACAAAAAGUUUUGGGGCCUGGUGAAACGUCUGUGCGGCAUGGAUCUGAAAUCUAACAAAUAUCACAACUGA